CCCACACUAGUAGCUCAAUGGUACGGUUUGAAGCUGUUGAAUUUAGGUCUCAAAUUCAAUUCCUUACCGCAUAAAGAAUUUCGUGAUUACUCUUCAUGCGCAAUAGAUUAUGAACCAUCUCACUCAUAAGCUCUUUCAGAUCAUACCGUAUUUUACUCGUCUAUCAUUCUGUCGGAUUAGGUGAUGGACGAUUCUAGGUUUUGGGUGGUAUUGAAGAAGACAAUUAAGGAGGAAGGAUUACCGGUGCAUAUCAGCCCAAUUGAUUGUGAGUUUAUCAGCGCAUAUGUGAGGUCUCGUGUUCGAAAUCAAAGAGGAGAUAAAGGAGGUCUUGCUUCCAAUAACUCUUCCUACCUUCACGGAGUUGCACAGUGACUAAAAAGAGAGGGAAUAAAGACCAAAUUUAACUACGUGAUUUACAAGAUUCGCAGGAUUAUGGGAACGCCGUAACCGUUAUCAUAAAUAAAAAAAGGAGCAAGGAUUACGGUCAAUCAGACAAACCCAUGCCCUGAUACACAGUGAUGCCCAUUGUCCACCCAUGGCCCGCCCUACGAAGUCGUAGGAUCAAAUUCCCGCCAAAGAACACCCAGACAUUCGGUGAGGUCGCUCGAGCAAAGUCAUCAAAACUGGGCCCGGAGUUACUGGAGCAUCCAACCGCUAUUUUCCUUGAAAAAGAAGACCAUUACUUAAACCGCCUCACCCAAAGCUCAAUUUCUCACCGCCUGCUCCCAUUUUCCGUACCUUGUUCACACAGCCAUUGCCGUGAACGAAAGAUUUUGCCUUUCUUUUCAGCUCUGAGAAAAUUCACGAUCCGGUUGUUGACUCCAGAGUAAACUUGUCUUGGAAGCUCAAUCAUCGUCAACACAGCUUUGAUCUUUUAUUUGGAAUCCGAAUGGCAAUGUCAAAUGCGAUCGACCGAUUUCAGAAACUGAGUAUUGAAGGUUCACAUGGAAGUCAUGGAGGAAAUGAAAACGGAUCUGAUUUCAAAAACCCAGAGGAGGAAAGGAAGAGUGGAACUGGGACAUUGAAGAGCAAAUCAUAUAAAUUGAGGAAUUCCUUUACCAAGAAUAAAAGCAGGUCAAGAAGUGAUUUUUCUUCCCUAGAUGAUGGCCGGGAAGCCAAAAUGGUGGAGGCAGCAAGUGCUUUUCGAGAAGUUCUGUCCAUUGAAGGUCUACUUCCUGCAAGGCAUGAUGAUUAUCAUCUACUGUUGAGAUUUUUGAAAGCUAGAAAGUUUGACCUUGAGAAAGCGAAGAAAAUGUGGCAGGACAUGCUUCAAUGGAGGAUAGAUUUUGGGGCAGACACUAUUAUAGAGGAUUUUGUCUUCCCAGAAAGAAAUGAAGUGCUGCAAUACUAUCCUCAGGGCUAUCAUGGUGUAGAUAAGCUAGGGCGACCAAUAUAUAUUGAAAGAAUAGGAAAGAUAAAGCUGGACAAGGUCUUAGAGGUGACUAGCCUGGACAGGUACAUACGAUACCAUGUCCAGGAGUUUGAGAAGUCUUUACACAUUCGGUUUCCUGCCUGCUCGAAAGCUGCAAAAAGACGCAUAGAUAAAAGCCUUACAAUUUUAGAUGUUGAAGGAGUGUCGAUGACAAAUUUAUCCAAACCUGUUCGAGAAGUUAUUAUGCGAUUGCAGAAGAUAGAUAAUGACAUUUAUCCAGAAACACUUGGCCAAAUGUUCAUAUUAAAUGCUGGUCCUGGGUUUAGGCUCGUUUGGAAUGUACUCAAGCCUUUUCUUGACCCUGAGACUACUUCCAAGAUUCAUGUUCUAGGCAGCUGUUACCAACGCAAAUUGCUUGAAGUCAUCGAUGAAGGGGAGUUGCCGGAGGUUUUCGGAGGUAGAUGUAACUGUGCAGAGGAUGGGGGUUGUUUGGGGUCAGACAAAGGGCCGUGGAAAAGUUAACUCCCCAUCAAAAUAUAUACAGUGGAGAUCUGCUGAAAUAGACAUUAUUUCGAACAUCGCUAUUACAGAUGAGGCACAAAUUACUCCAUAAAGUUUUGAUGGGAAUGGAUAAGAUGAUCUUAACUUUGUUAUUUAUACCGAACUUGACUUGUAUCCAUAUUUAAUUUGAAGCACAGUAUCAAAUAUAGAGGUUUAUAAUAAUGUUCCCACUUGGUUUUCUCAUUUCUA